AUGGUUCUAGCCUGCAGCAACACCGUGGAAGAAUAUAUCAAGUUUAGUGGAGAAGCGGUUCGCCUUGCAUAUUGGAUUGGCUAUCGGGCUGCGGAGUUGAGCCAAGGCCUGUCGGGAAAGAGUGAUAAAGCCCAGCUUUGGGGCUUGUCGCUAUCCGGCAAAGACAGAGAGACAGUCGAAAGAAAUGUCCAGAGUUUCAACAGCAACGUUCCUGAAUCGUCUCACAUCCGGUUGGCGUCAAGAUUCGGCAAGACCGCGUUCAGCAUUGUUGGACCAGGGCACGCAUUAGAGGCAUUCCGGUCUCUGAAUGUUUCCGCAUCAUGCAAGGCGGAGGAAGUGCACGUCCACGCCUUGUACCAUGGAGGAGACAAGGGGCUGACGGCGCUCAGUAACGUGCUUGAAGAUGUCAGACGGAGGGAUAUUUCUUUUCCACCGUUGGCAGCAAUGAAUAGACCGAUCUGGUCUUGCGAGAAUGAAUCUUUGGUGGGCGCAUCAACCCUAGGAUCCACCUCGCCAUUGGAAUAUACCCUCCGCCUCAUCUUGGUUGACAAAUCCGACCUAUACAGUACCUGGCUCUCAGCUGUUGACACAGUUACCUCUUCUGGUAAAGACUGGGAGAUAAUCACCGUGGGACCGGGGUCCAAUGCCCUGCUCGCGUCGGUAUGCAGGGACGUAGUGCGGCCCGCAAACACAAUUUGGAUAGACGUCCCAGGAGGUCAAUCUCGAGGGGCUGCUGAGCUACGGCAGUCUGAUAGCUUUGCGAUUGUCGGGAUGUCGGUCAACUUUCCCUUGGGGGAGGGAAAAGAAGGGUUCUGGGAAAUGCUUGAGCAGGGCUUGAAUGCAGCCACGCAAAUCCCAGGCACCAGGUUUGAGGUAAAGGAUUAUCAUGGCGAAGGGACUAACUGCCUGCCACACCGGGAGAUGAAAGCAAGGCACGGCAACUUUCUCAGGGACCCAUUCCAGUUUGAUCACGAGUAUUUCGGCCUCUCACCUCGAGAGGCCAAGUCGAUGGACCCGCAGCAGAAGCUCCUUUUACAGGGCGCAGUGCACGCCAUGGAUGAUGCCGGAUAUGUACCAAACGGAGCACCUUCCUUCAACCCAGAGACCAUCGGAUGCUAUAUUGGGGUGGCCACGGACGACUAUGUGCAAAAUCUAGCCCGAGAUAUUGAUGUCUACUAUUCCACCGGUACAUUGCGUGCCUUCUUGAGCGGCAAGAUAUCGUACGCGUACGGGUGGAGCGGACCCUCCAUUGUGAUUGACACCGCAUGCUCGUCUUCGCUUGUAUCUGUGGUGAUGGCUUGCCGGGCGCUCGCCCAAGGCGAUUGCACAACGGCAUUAGCCGGCGGCGUAAAUGCCAUCACAAGCCCUGAUAUGUACCUUGGCCUUUCCAGAGCGCACUUCCUGAGCCCGACGGGGCAGUGUAAGCCCUUCGAUGCAUCGGCCGACGGAUAUUGCCGUGGAGAAGGGUGUGGGCUAUUCGUAAUCAAGAGGCUCUGUGACGCUCUCCGCGAAGAUGACCGAAUUUACGGCAUCAUAAAGGGUGCACACAUCAACCAGAGCGGCCAAUCUUCGUCCAUCACGCACCCUCAUGGGCCCGCUCAGAAGCAGCUCUUCGAGACUCUACUCUCCCGAGGGGGACUCGAUGCAAAGGCAAUCAAUGCUGGUGAUGCAGUCGAGACAUCCAGCAUUGAAUCCGUUUUUGGAGGAUGUCCCAGCCCAGUUUACCUGACAUCAGUGAAGGGCAACAUUGGCCACGCCGAGGCAGCGUCAGGAGCGGCCGGUCUAGCAAAAUUGGUGAUGAUGUUGAAAUACUCGAGAAUUCCACCUCAAGUCGGGCUCAACACAUUGAACCCAAAGUUGCAGGCUCUUACGGGUCGCAAUAUCCGAGUCCCUACGGCGGGCUGCGAGUGGAACCGUAUUGCGCCCAACAUGCCGCGGCGUGCAUUACUGAAUAAUUUUGGCGCCGCAGGUUCAAACGCUGCUUUGAUCCUUGAAGAAUACAUCUCGAAAAUAGGGCGUGAAGACCGCAAGGCGCCUCCAAGAGCGGCAUAUAACCUGAUUCUGUCCGCCAGGAAUGCCCGUUCGCUCGGGGAGCUGAUUGGAAAAUAUUCUCAGUUUCUCCAGGGAGGGGGCCUUUCCAUCGAGGACCUUUGCUACACGUCAACAGCUCGACGGCAGAAACACCGGCACGUCCUCUCGGUUGUUGGUGGAACUGUACCGGAGCUGGUGGACCAGCUUGAACGACACAGAUCAGUGGAAAGUCCCUUGAUCGACUACCGAAUCAAACACCCGAUUGUAUUCGUAUUCUCGGGACAAGGCAGCUUUUACUCGGCAAUGGGCCAGCAGCUCAUGUGUACGGCCCCUGUGUUCAGGGCCAAGGUCGAAGAAUGUGACGCCGUGUUGCGGCAAAACGGCUUUCUCGAUAUAACGCCAAGCAAGGUCCUGGAUGGAUCCGUCAGCCCUGCCACGGCGGUUGAUUCGGUCCUGUGGUCACAGGUAGCAUGUUUUGUGCUGGAGUACUCUCUUGCUUGCUUGUGGAUUUCAUGGAACAUCCAGCCAGAUGUUGUUAUGGGUCAUAGUCUUGGAGAAUACGCCGCCAUGGUGACAAGUGGAGCCUUGUCAUUACAGGAUGCUCUGUUGCUUGUCACGCGACGGGCACAAUUGAUGGCAUCGAUGUGUAAGAUCGGGGAGACGUCCAUGCUCGCGUGUAAUACCUCAGCAUUGUCAGCCAGUCAGUUAAUCACAGAGACGGGACUGUCUCGGCUCACAGUGGCUUGCGACAAUAGCGUCACAGAUUCGGUUGUCGCGGGACCAGUGGAUCAGCUGGACCAACUGGCUCAGCAUGCCAAAGAGAGAGGCAUUCGCUGCAAGAGACUUGACGUUCCUUUGGGCUUCCACUCGACGGCGUUGGACCCAAUAAUGCCAGAAUUCGAGGCUGAAUGUAAAGCCCUCACCUUUUUCAACCCGAAGAUUGCUUUAGGAUCUUGUUUACACGGGCGGCUUGUCGAAGAAGGCGACCUCGGCUCCAGCUAUCCUCUCCGACAAACGAGAGGAACAGUGCGAUUUACAGAGCUUGUUAGCUCGCUCUUCAACCGAGAAGGCUUCCAGAAUGCUACUUUUAUAGAAAUUGGUCCGAACCCGAUUACGUUGCCUAUGGUUCGAACCAAGUUCUCCGGACAGGACUCAAUUUUCCUGCCCUCCAUGGCAAAAGGCCAAGAUUCUUGGGUCACCAUCAGCCGUUCACUGCAGCAGCUGAGCCUACGGUACGAUUCGAUUCAAUGGCGUGCUGUAUUUGACGGCACCAAAGCGCGUGUCGUGGACCUCCCAGAGUACCCUUUCCAAAUGCAUUCUCUUUACGUCCCAUUCAAGGAAGCCAGCUUGGACGCCUCGGCCUCAGUGAAGACGGGUCAAGGCGCGAAACCCUCUAUGUUCCAUUUGUUGGAAGAUGUGGUGACGCAAGACGCUCGAAAAGGAUUAUCAACCUUCCGCUGCAGUUUAGAUGCUUUGUCCGUGUACAUUGAGGGGCAUUCUGUACAUGGCUUUCCGCUAUGUCCAGCUUCGGUAUACCAUGGAAUGGUCCUGGAGGCCAUGCAUUACCAGGCGACACCAGAUCAGGAUCAAGUGGCAGUGGUCACGGAUAUCAAUUUUGGUCACCCCCUUGUGUACUCACAGGAGAGGGCAGCCUCCACUGUGCUGCUGACGACGGAGAAGACAUCGAAGGGUAUUUCCGAGAGCAAUGAAGGACGAUUCACGGUUACUUCCGCCGACACCAGCCUAUGUUCCGGCCAAAUAGCAUGGAAGCCUGCUUCAGAUGUCCAGGCAUAUCUUGCGCGCAGGGGAGCGUACGCCAAACGGCAGAUGAAGCUUUUGCACCGGCACCAGAGCCAGAGGAAUCUCUUGCAUCGCAAUGUCAUCUACAACAUCAUCUUCCCUCGGGUAGUCGCAUACUCAGAAAUGUAUCAAGCCAUCAAGGAACUGAACGUCUCGGAGACUGACCUGGAUGGUUACGGCACUUUUGAGGUCCCAGAGAGCACCUUCACCGGGAGGACUGGAUCUCCAGUCUUUAUGGACACCUUGUUGCACGCGGCUGGAUUUGUCGCAAACAGCCAAGCCAAACUGACCGACGCUUUCAUUUGCAGCAAGGUCGAGUCUACGGUGGUGCUGGACACGGCCAUUAACCCGAAAGACACUUUUCUCAUCUAUUGCAGUCUGUUGGAAUGCGGCGACGGGGAGCGUAUCGGCGAAGCAUUUGCCAUGACGCUGGACGGGACAGCAGUUGCUAGCAUCGAGGGCAUGCAUUUCAAGCGCCUGAAUCUCAGAUCGUUCGCCAGUCAUCUGUCGCGCCAGACUGGCCAGAAGUCCACCAGCGGAGCCCCGCAGCCAGUCGCACCGCGCCUGCAGGCACAGAUGAAGGACACGAAUCCGCCAGUAUCCAGCGUAUCGGAUCCAAUGGAUACGGUAGCCAGCGUGAUUGCUGAGCUCUGUGAACAACCGAGGGCGGCGGUUACUCCUGGCAAGCGGCUGGCGGACUUGGGCAUUGACUCUCUCAUGCAAAUAGAGCUCUCCCAGUCACUGAAACGACAGUUCCCCUACCUGAAUACGAACGGUCUACUGGAGUCAGACACAGUCCGGGAUAUCCAAAACUACGUGAUGAGCGUUCGGGGUGACAUGUCUGGGCCGCUAUCAAGCAAAAGCAAUUCCGACAGCGUUGACGACGGUUCAACCGGGUCAGGCAAGCUCACUCCCUAUACGGAAGUGACGCCGACCCCGCACGAAGUAACCGGUCUCCUCCUGCAGCUGGUAGCGAAAACAUGCGGCUUCCAGCCCUCAGAAGUCCAUCAAGACAUGGCCCUUGGGUCGCUUGGGAUGGACUCUCUUAUGACCAUUGAAUUCCAGGAAGGCAUGCAGAGUGAAUUCGGCUACACACUGGCGUCGGACGUACUGUCUCCUGCUCUGACAAUUCGAGAGUUGGCUAGAAAGCUCACGGAGGACAACAAUUCGUCUAGCGACCAAGGCUUGGUGAGUGUAAUAGAGAGGGCCACAAGCGAGACUCUCGUGCGUGGCUCAACGGAGGAGCAGUUUAUCGUCCAGCUGCAACGAGGCCAGGAUCACACCCCACCUCUUAUUCUGUUCCAUGACGGCAGUGGACUCAUCAAGCAGUAUGAGGGUCUUGCCGAUAUAGGGUGUAACGUGUUCGGCAUUCGCAAUCCUGACUUGACCGUUGGGCCACACUGGGCCAGAGAUUUGGACGAUAUGGCCCGUCGGUACGCCGCUUCAAUUCCGGCAGUGGUCAAGGCGAGGCAGGUGGUCCUCGGCGGUAAGUUCCAUUGCUAG